AUGAAAGCACGUGUUAAUACAACGCCUACAACGCCUCUGAAAAUCUUACUGGAGAUUGCACAAUGUCCGGUCACUGCAGGUACACCUUCUAGUGGGGGCGAUGAAGUGACGAACAAAAAAAAAGGCAAAACCGUUCUUAAUGAACGGGAGCGCGCAGAAUCACUGAGACAUUGUAAAUGGGUAGACGAAGUUAUUGAAAACGCACCAUGGAUAAUAGAUAAAGAUUUUUUAGAAACGCAUAAAAUUGAUUACGUUGCACACGAUGAUCUUCCUUACGCUUCCGAGGACACUGAUGAUGUUUAUGCCUUUGUUAAGGAUCAGGGUCGGUUUCUUCCUACAAAACGUACUGAUGGUAUAUCGACGUCUGAUAUUAUAACCAGAAUAGUUCGAGACUACGAUCAGUACGUGCGGCGCAAUUUGGAAAGGGGCGUCUCUCCAAAGGAAUUAAAUAUUGGAUUUCUCAAGGAGCAGGAGCUGCACAUGAAGAAGUCCAUUUCCGAAAUUCGCACCACCAUCCACCAAAAUUGGCAUGGGACCAAGGUUGAACUGUCCAAUGACCUCUCUGAGCUGAGAAAUGACUUGGCCCAAACUUUUGCUCUUUGGGAAUACAGGAGUCAAGAGUUUGUUCGAGGUUUUGCCGCGCGGUUUGGCGCUGAAAGUGUUGUGGAUAAAAUAUUUCGUCGCCGGCCACGUAGAAUCUCAACAAAUGAGUCUGGUACCACAAAUGGUGGAUCAUCUGAUGAAGAUUCAGUGCUUCGUUCGAGGAGCGUAUCUCCCGUACGAAGGGUGAUCGAUUUUAUUAUCGAUCAAAGAGGCACCAGAAGACGAUAA